AUGUCGCGUGUCACCACCCAAAAGGCAGAAGUGACUGAGUUGGGCAUCCUGCUUGCAGAUCUCGCUCGUAACAAUGGAUACGAAGUCUCCAACCCGAGAAGCCUCUUUUCCAAUAGUUUUCAUUUCAUCGGGCACCCAGCUUUGGACUCCGGAAUGACUCUAUGGAUGAUGAAUGCGAAGCAAAGGAAAGGCGUUCUUUCACUGGCUAAAGAGGGAAAGGUCGAGGUUAGGCCCGGCAAAGCACCCAACAAACCACCAUGUAGCGAGGCAAACAAGCGAAAGAGGGCUCUCCGAGAGCUCAAGACUAAAAUCGCGAAGUGUAAGGCUAAGUUAGCUGAAGCGAAAGAGAAGGAGCAACGUCUUCGCGAAGAAGGCCUAGCCCUCGAAGAGGAGAUUAUCAGACUCGAGGCCGAGAUGACUGAGAUGACUGAGAUGACUGAGAUGACUGAGAUGUCUGAGAGUGUUCCAAAGUUGGAUGAAACCUGA